AUGGUGUGCGGGCUGACCACAGCAGGAAGCCCAGUCCAGCCCAGCCCGGCCCUGCGGGAGGGAGGUGGCCAGCGCGGGAAGACGGGUGGGGGCAGCCCGGGAAAUGCGGGCCAGGCGGCGCGAGGUGGGGGCCGGUCCCUGGUCCUGGAGGAGCCGGAGAACAGGCCUGGCCCCGCCGGCAGGACGCCCAAGAUGCCAACUCAGCCGGUGCUGGCCACAGGGGCGCCCACCCGCGAUGUCCUGCUGGUCUCUGCCAUCAUCACCGUCAGCCUUAGCGUCACUGUCGUCCUCUGCGGCCUCUGCCACUGGUGUCAGCGCAAACUGGGCAAACGCUACAAGAACUCCUUGGAGACGGUGGGCACUCCGGACUCAGGGCGUGGGCGCAGCGAGAAGAAGGCCAUCAAUGAUCUAGACAGAGACUUUUGGAAUAACAAUGAGAGCACAGUGCAGCAGAAAUGGAGCUCCUACCCUCCCAAGGAGUUUAUUCUAAACAUUUCACCCUACGCCCCUUAUGGCGACCCACGACUGUCCCUCAAUUUCGAGGACUCCACCCUGUCCACGGCCACUACCUUAGAGUCCAUCCCCAGCUCCGCGGGAGAGCCGAAAUGCCAGCGACCCCGCACCCUGGUGCGUCAGCAGAGCCUGCAGCAGCCGCUCAGCCAGCACCAGCGGGGCCGGCAGCCCAGCCAGCCCACCACCAGCCAGAGCCUGGGCCAGCUGCAGGCCCACGCGGCCUCGGCCCCCGGCCCCGGCCCCCGGGGCCCCGUCCACGGCCGCGGCCAGGCUCGCCAGGGCGCCUCCGCUGGCUCCAAGCACCGGGCGGCCGGGGGCCGCAGCCGCUCCAACCCGGGCAGCUGGGACCACGUGGUGGGGCAGAUUCGAAACCGAGGCUUGGACAUGAAAUCCUUCCUGGAAGGCCGGAUGGUGGUGCUAUCCUUGGUCUUAGGGCUUUCGGAGCAGGAUGACUUUGCCAAUAUCCCUGACCUGCAAAACCCAGGAACCCAGCAGACCCAGAGCGCUGAGGGGGACAAGAGGUUACCCGCAGGAGGGAAGGCGGUGACCACAGCCCCGGUGCCCGGCCAGACGCCCCACGAUGAGUCUGACCGCCGGACCGAGCCCCGCUCCUCCGUCUCGGACCUCGUCAACUCCCUCACCAGCGAGAUGCUCAUGCUGUCCCCAGGCUCCGAGGAGGAGGAGGCCCAUGAGGGCUGCAGCCGAGAAAACCUGGGCCGGAUCCAGUUCAGCGUGGGCUACAACUUCCAGGAGUCCACGCUCACCGUGAAGAUCAUGAAGGCCCAGGAGCUGCCGGCCAAGGACUUCAGUGGCACCAGUGACCCCUUUGUCAAGAUCUACCUGCUGCCGGACAAGAAGCACAAGCUGGAGACCAAGGUGAAGCGCAAGAACCUGAACCCCCACUGGAACGAGACCUUCCUCUUUGAAGGUUUCCCCUACGAGAAGGUGGUGCAGAGGGUCCUCUACCUCCAGGUCCUGGACUACGACCGCUUUAGCCGCAACGACCCCAUUGGGGAGGUGUCCAUCCCCCUCAACAAGGUGGACCUGACCCAGAUGCAGACCUUCUGGAAGGAUCUGAAGCCAUGCAGCGAUGGGAGUGGGAGCCGAGGGGAGCUGCUCCUGUCUCUCUGCUACAACCCCUCUGCCAACUCCAUCACCGUGAACAUCAUCAAAGCCCGGAACCUCAAAGCCAUGGAUAUCGGGGGCACGUCAGACCCCUAUGUGAAGGUGUGGCUGAUGUACAAGGACAAGCGAGUGGAGAAGAAGAAGACAGUGACCAUGAAGAGGAACCUGAACCCCAUCUUCAACGAGUCCUUUGCCUUCGACAUCCCCACGGAGAAGCUGAGGGAGACGACCAUCAUCAUCACCGUCAUGGACAAGGAUAAGCUCAGCCGCAACGACGUCAUCGGCAAGAUCUACCUGUCCUGGAAGAGCGGCCCUGGGGAGGUGAAGCACUGGAAGGACAUGAUUGCCCGGCCCCGGCAGCCCGUGGCCCAGUGGCACCAGCUGAAGGCCUGAGUGGGGCCAAGGGAGGCCUGGGGGGCCAAGGGCCUGGGUCCCCAUCAUGCCCGCACCACUUUAUGCACAACGCCCAGCCUGACUCCCCUGCCGUGGGGGAGGGGAGACCCUGAGGGCUCGGCCAGGGAGGGGUCCAGGAAUGGUUGGGCCCAGUUUCUAGGAAAUACCAGCCCCCCCCCCACACUGGUCCAGCUCUGGGGGAGGGACUCUGGGAGCCAUUUUCCUGCUUUGCCCUUUUCCUUCCUGACUUGCUGAUGCUAAAGAAGUGGGGGAGAGCUCGGGAGCCAGAUGGGCAGACCCCUCCAGAGGCCUGCCAGGUGGGCAUGGCCCCCGUUUUCUUUAAGGCAGUGCCUGGAGGGGAGCGAGACCACCUCCCCAGCCCCCCAUGUGGGGCCAGGAGGGGAGGCCGAGGCGUUUGGCCCCGGCCUGGCCAGGAGAGGCCAGAUGGGCCCUGAUGCAAGAUGUCUGGAGCACAGCCCGUGUCCCCACAGCCACCGAGUGAGUGUCCGGUGGCCGUGGCUCCUGCCGGGGCUGGCAGUGCUGAGGGCUGUGCAGAGAGGGCAGGGUGGCCAAGCGAGGUGGGCUGGAGGCUGGAGCAGGGCAUGCAGC